UUUUUUUCCUAAUUCGGCAUCGAUUUUUUCCGGCUACGACCUUCCUUCUCCGUCUUGUUCUCGCGAAUUGCUGAUUCCCCUCAACGAAUUUCAGGCUCUGUAGCUCAUUGUCUGGGUGAUGAUCGUGUUUCAUUAGUUCCAAAGCGUUUGAGAAUGGCUCAGGGGCAGUAUAGAAAUGUUCCUCCUCAGCCAGGACAAAUGCAGAGUUCUGUUUCUGGUGUUUCGUCUCAGCCUAAUAUGGCUAAUGGCGUAAACCAAGAUGGUAUUAGAUUACGACAGGAGAUGCUGAACAGAAUCUACCUUUGGUUACAGCAGAGGCAGCCUUCAAAGACUGAUGAUGCCUCCAAGGCAAAGUUUUUUGAGGUUUCAAAACGCUUAGAAAGUGCAAUGUUCAAAAUGGCUACCUCAAAGGAGGAUUACUUAGAUUUCCAAAAUUUUGAGGCUCGCAUAAACUUGAUUCUGAAACAAAUUUUUGGUCAACGCCCUGCUAAUCCUUCUAGCUCGGUCGGUAUGAUGGUUCAGACACCUGCGGUUUCUCAAGGACGGCGUCAAAGUUAUACAGCGACCCCUAUGGUGGAUACGAGCACUUUAAACAAUAAUAAUAACUUAGCAGAUGCAACACGGGUUAUGCCAACUACCCACAUGAAUGGAGGUUCAAUGAUUAAUCACCAGCAACUAUCUUCGGGGUUUUCAGUUAGUUCUAAUGACAAUGGCCAGAUGAUUCCUACUCCUGGAUUUAGCAAUACUGCUAAUGCUGAUGUGUAUCAGUCUCAUCAAAAUGGAGAUGGUGGCAAUCUUCUGGCUGUUGGCAAUCCUUCUCAGCUGCAGAGGCAACAUGCUUCUGGUUCAAAUGACCGUAUGCAAUACAACCUUGAUCACCAGAUGGGAGGUGGUCUCAGGACAAAUAUGCACCAGAAUGCGUCUGGGAUGAUCAAUAUACCUCAAAAUGCUGGUGUAGGGAUGAGCGGGAACAGUUUUCACCUUCCUAAUGGGCACAUGAGCUCUGAAGGGGUCAUUAGUUCCACAAAUUUUUCAACUUCAUCCCAACCUUUGCAGCAGCCUGUGGAUCAGUUGCAGCAGGCGUCACAUGUUCAGGGAUACUCAAUGAGCAACUCUGAUGCCUUUGGGUCCGGGACCGGGAAUCUCUAUGGAUCAUCUGGUUCAAUGGAAACUGCUGUGAAUAUGAACUCAAUGAGUAUGAAUCCUAUGCGGAGAGUUGAUGUUUCCUUUGGUAGUAAUCAGUCGAGCCUACACGCAGUGGAAAGGACACCAUUGAUGAAACGUCACCUACCUCAACAGUUUGAGAAUGGGAAUUUCCAAUCUUCUUCCAGUUCCAAAGAAAAUUUGGCUCAGCUGAGUCAUCAACCAGUAAAGAAUCAGUUCAACCAGAAAGCUGAUCAUGGUCAGUACCAGCAACAAGAGCACUUGUUGAACAACAAUGCUUACAAUCAAUCUCAGCGAGCUUCAAAUUUUGUCAGUCAAGUUAAGCAUGAACCUCGCACGGACUAUUAUAAUGAAGCUUUUCAGAUGCAGGCUAUAAACCAAGUAGAUCCAUCCAAGCUGCAAAACCAGUACAACCAGAACACUGUCAAGGUAGAGUAUGUUGGUGCUCAAACUCAUCAGACACAGCAGCUACCACAAUGGAAAGAUUUGAAUAACCUCUCAGUUGGAGUGCAGCCAGUAUCAAGUAUGGGUCAGUGGCGUUCAUCUUCUCAGAACAUGACACAAACAUCAAAAGAUUCUUAUGGAGAGAGAGAACAGUUUGUGGUAAACACAUCUCAAAGGUUACCUAUCCUGCGUGAAGCUACUAAUGAUAGUUCAUCUGAAAAAGACUCUGCAAACUGCCAAACUGUUGCUCUUAGAACCACCUUGGAGGCUCCACUUCUCCCAGAAGGAAGCAACACCUUGAGUAAACAGCUGAAUGGAGAUUGUGAUUCAAGUUAUAUAAAUCAGAGGCGGUGGCUAUUGUUCCUGCUACAUGUUCGCAAAUGCAGUGCAGCUGAGAAUAGCUGUGAAAGCAAGUAUUGUUUCACUGCCAAAACGUUACUGAAGCAUAUCAGUUACUGCAAGGCCCCUGCUUGUGCAUAUCAGUAUUGUCUUCAGACCAGAAAACUGAUUCAUCAUAAUAAGCACUGCGGUGAUGAAGCAUGUCCAGUCUGUGUUUAUGUCAAAAACUUCAAGGAGAAACAAAAAGAAAAGAUUGCCCUCCUCCAAAGAGCUGAGCCUAGCUUAGGUAGUUUAGAUCAUAGACGCAAGGAACCCUUUCAGUCUAUGCGUGCUUCUAGUGAAAGAGACUCUGAAGCUCCAUCUUUUGUUGAUGAUCUGCAACCUUCUCCUAAGCGUGUGAAAGUGGAGAAACACUCCCAGUUUGCUUAUCCUGACACACAUAAAUCUGUUGGUGUCGGUAAACCUCAUUAUUCAAUGAGUUUGCAAGAGAAGUAUAGUAAUCUACAAAGUGAUGCUUGCAAACCUGUCAGAUCGGAUGUGCAUAUGAAUGCAGAUAGGAGAACGGUUCCUGUUUCCCAUGAGCUGGAGAAGCUUGUUUGCAAAGAUACCCAAAUGGGAAGACAUGCUGGAGACUCUUCCUUGAAUGGUCAAAAUGUUUAUUCACCAGAGCUAGAGAAACCAAAACGUAUGAAAGAACUAAGCGCACCCAAAGAAGAGAAAGCAAAACAGUCUGAAGGCGUUGUAGCUGCCUCUAAUAGCGGAAAGUCAAAGAUCAAGGGAGUCUCAUUGAUUGAGCUGUUCACUCCAGAGCAAGUAGAGGAGCAUAUCCGUGGUCUUCGUCAGUGGGUAGGCCAGAGUAAAACCAAGGCAGAGAAAAACAAAGCAAUGGGACUCACCAUGUCUGAAAACUCUUGCCAGCUAUGUGCUGUGGAGAGGCUUGCAUUUGAGCCAACACCUAUAUAUUGCACACCUUGUGGCGCACGUGUCAAGAGAAAUGCUAUGCACUAUACUGUUGUGGUUGGUGAGUCACGGCAUUAUGUCUGCAUUCCUUGCUACAAUGAAACGCGUACAAACACUGUUACUGUUGAUGGGACUCCUGUACCGAAGCCUAGAUUUGAGAAAAAGAAAAAUGAUGAGGAGGUUGAAGAAUCGUGGGUGCUAUGUGAUAAAUGUCAAGCAUGGCAGCAUCAAAUCUGUGCUUUGUUCAACGGCCGUAGGAAUCAUGGGCAAGCCGAGUACACUUGUCCUAAUUGCUACAUAGAAGAGGUGGAACAAGGAGAAAGGAAGCCAGUUUCACAAGGUGUUAUUCUUGGGGCAAAAAGUUUGCCAACCAGUAAUCUUAGCAACCAUUUAGAACAGCGGUUGUUCAAGAAACUGAAGCAGGAAAGACAGGAGAGGGCUAGGCUUCAAGGAAAAAGCUACGACGAGGUCCCUGGAGCCGAUUCACUUGUUAUCAGAGUUGUUGCAUCUGUCGACAAAAUAUUAGAAGUAAAGCCACGGUUCCUUGACAUUUUCAAAGAAGAUAACUAUUCACCAGAGUUCCCUUACAAGUCUAAGGCCAUUCUGUUGUUUCAAAAGAUUGAAGGUGUUGAAGUUUGCUUAUUUGGCAUGUACGUCCAAGAAUUUGGAACAGAUUCUGCGUCUCCCAAUCAACGGCGUGUAUACCUUUCAUAUCUAGACUCGGUUAAGUACUUCAGACCUGACGUUAGAACUGUGUCUGGGGAGGCCCUCCGUACUUUUGUAUACCAUGAAAUUCUGGGUGAAGAUUACAUUCUGUAUUGUCAUCCUGAGAUUCAGAAAACGCCAAAGACUGAUAAACUAAGGGAAUGGUAUUUAGCAAUGCUAAGGAAAGCAGCCAAGGAAAAAGUGGUUGUUGAGUGUACAAACUUCUAUGAUCAUUUCUUCGUCCAGUCUGGUGAAUGUAGAGCCAAGGUAACAGCAGCAAGGUUGCCAUAUUUUGAUGGGGACUACUGGCCAGGCGCCGCCGAGGAUCUUAUAGAUCAAAUGAGCCAAGAGGAAGAUGGCAAGAAGUCUAAUAGAAAAGUAAUGCCUAAAAAGGUCAUAUCCAAAAGGACUCUAAAAGCAGUAGGUCAGCUGGAUCUUUCUGUUAAUGCCUCAAAGGAUCUCCUGCUAAUGCAUAAACUGGGUGAGAUCAUCCACCCAAUGAAGGAAGAUUUCAUCAUGGUUCAUUUGCAACAUUGCUGCAAGCAUUGUUGUACUCUCAUGGUAUCUGGACAUCGGUGGGUGUGCCACCAGUGUAAGAACUUUCAGAUUUGUGACAAGUGUCAUGAAGUGGAAAAGAACCGUCUCGAGAAGGAGAAACAUCCCAUCAAUCAGAGGGAGAAGCAUGUGCUAUAUCCUAUUGCCAUUGAAGACGUCCCUACUGAAAUCAAAGACAGUGAUGACAUCCUUGAGAGCGAGUUCUUUGAUACAAGGCAAGCUUUCCUAAGUCUUUGCCAAGGAAACCACUACCAGUACGACACACUGAGGCGAGCAAAACACUCUUCCAUGAUGAUUCUCUAUCAUCUCCACAACCCAACAGUCCCUGCAUUUCCAACGGCAUGCGCCAUCUGCCAGCAAGAGCUUGAACCUGCUCAAGGUUGGCGUUGCGAUGUCUGUCCUGACUAUGAAGUUUGCAGUGGUUGCUACUCAAAGGGCAUUAACCAUCCACACAUCCUCGUUAGCCGACCAUCUGGUACUGAUUCUGUUGUACAGAACACACAAACUAAGCAAAUCCAGACUGCACAGUUAACAGAGCUACUGCUACACGCGAUGGCGUGCUGCACCGCACAGUGCCAGUAUCCAAGGUGUCGCAUGAUUAAGCUUCUCUUCAGGCAUGGUGUUGCAUGUAAGAACAGAAACUCCUGCGUUCCUUGUAAAAGAAUGUGGGCCCUCUUCCGAAUGCACGCUCGGAACUGCAGAGAUUUACAGUGUAGAGUACCCAAAUGCAGAGAGUUGAGAGCUCAUUUUAGUAGAAAGCAACAACAAGCAGAUUCAAGACGAAGAGCAGCUGUGAAGGAGAUGGUGCGGCAAAGAGCAGCUGACGCAGCAACCUCCACUUCUGACUGA